AUGACAAAGAGAAUAUCCCUCUUAAAUUUCGAAAAGGGAAGUGCUAUUAUUCUGGUUGAUGGCACCACAAUAUGGGUAUUUUCGGGUGAAGCUGUAGCAACAGAAAGAGCAGUAGCCAGCCGUCGUAAUUUGCUGAACAAAAAAGAAGCACCACCGAGUACCAUAAAGGAAUCAUCGGAAUCAUCACAAACAAUUGACGAUCAGGAUUCUGAUAAAGUUGUACGAGUGGAUACGACUCUUAAACAACAGCGAAGGGCGACUGGAAUGAGCAGCAGUAUGGGCAGCCCAUUACCAGUUCAAAAACAAGAAAUCGUUCGCGUAACACAACAACUAUUGGAUGCUAUUUCAUGUAAGGACUAUGAGUCCUACUCAAGGCUCUGUGAUCCAUCGAUGACAUGCUUUGAGCCGGAAGCACUUGGUAAUCUGAUUGAAGGAAUGGAUUUUCAUAAAUUUUACUUUGAUAAUAAUAGUGGAACACGCGGACCAAAAAUUCACACAACGCUGCUCAAUCCGAAUGUGCAUCUAAUGGGUGACGAGGGUGCAUGUAUCGCUUAUAUUCGUUUGACGCAGUUCAUUGAUAAGAAUGGUGAUGCACGAUCAAGGCAGGCACAGGAAACACGCGUGUGGCAUAAACGUAAUGGACGAGGUUGGGUAUGCGUUCAUGUUCAUCGAACCGGUGCACCAUCUUCCGUGAAUACGGCUGACUCUCAUUUCUAA